AUGCAGCGAGAGGUGAUCAAGUGGGUGCAGUCCCUUGACCUUUCUGCGCCCAUACAGAACCCAAAGCGUGACUUGGCCACCGGGCACCUUGCGGCAGAGAUCGUGGCGCGCUAUAGCGGCACCAAGUACUUGGAUCUCGAGCGACUUCCCAUGGGCGCCGCGGCGGCCACGAAGCGGGAUGUAUGGUCACAGGUGCAUCGUGCGCUGCAGCAACUCAGCUGCACCACUGUAACGCAACCGCUGAUUGAUGCGGUGCUGCGUCGGGAACCGAACGCGGCUCUCACGGUACUCGAAUACCUCUACGAGCACUUCACCGGUCACACGCUGCCGAUGCACGGCCUAGACGCCGUGGGGACAAGCAAGGACGCGUACGUGCAGCCGCGAAACGCCACCUCCACCGCGAGGCUGCUAGAAGUGACGAGUGGGAAGCCAAACAACAAUUUCAGCAGCAGCGUUGAGAAGGUGACCCUCACUGCAAAAAAGAAGCUAUUCGACCCUGUCACGAGUGCGUCGCAGCUGACUAGCGCGGCCCGCAGUAGCUCGGCGGCGGACGUGAGGUUUGCAGCGCAAGACACCGCGGCAGACUGGCCCGAUGGCGGUGGGGAUGCCUCUGGCAAUGACUCGACACGUGCCCUGCAGCACCGACUGGCCCUCAUCGACAACAGCGAGCUCGCCGGCGGGGCGAAUGCGCUGCAGGCGUACCCGCGCUACGCUCGACCCACCGCCAGCACUCUUGUCCACACCGCCAGCGGCAGCCGAAAGGAUGUCGUGCUGGACAAGCCAAAGUACGCGGUGGACGAGGUUCUUCAGCAGCAGCAGAACGAACGCAUUCUUCACCAGCAUGCCGUGGUGCAGCGACUGCAAGAGGAAUCCGAAGGAGCAACCGUGGAGGGCCCAUCACGCACGCGAACAGGCGCCUCGGCAGUGGAGACCACCACGCCCUCGUUGCCGACGUCGCCACUGCGCGAGAAGGCGGCGUUGCACGCAAACAGGGACGCCGCGGCGGCGGCGCCUCUGACAACCCUGUACCGCGGCCGCUUCUACCGGCAGCCCGAUGCACCAACGGUGACAGGAACAGCCAAGGUGUCCACCGGCCCCCGAAAGGCUAAAAAAGGCAAGCGGGAAGAGGUCGCCACGAAGGCCCAGCGCGGCACCGCAGCGGCAUUGCCUAAGGAUCACGUUAUCGACGCCGACGGCAAGCUGGACCGCCAUGCGGCUGCAGCAUUCGGCGACAUCCUCUCCACUCGCGAGUUCGCUGGCAGUACCAGCGGCGGUGGCGGCACUGACGGAGCUCGCGUCGUGCCGGUGCUGCGUGUCAAUGUUCAUUCAACCUCACUCCAGGCUACUCUGGCGCUGCGCAGCGAUCACGCAGAGCUGCAAGAGCGGGCCGCGGCAUUGUCACUUGAGCACUUCGCCAAGCACAACUACGCCCUGCGUCCAGGUCUUAGCGACAUCCUCGUGGACGUACUGAUCGCGCACAAGCAGCUGCAGCGGCUCCUCGAUUGCUGUGUUGAGGAUGGCAACAGCGAGGUGCUCGACAACGUCCUGGGUCAUCUGCUUGCUCACCGCGAUGAGUUCCCUCCCGCGUGCAUACGGGCCUGCUGGCAGGCUCUCGUGCAACAUGCCGACGGCAUCGUGGCCGUACUCCAAAAGAACCCAGACGAGUAUGGCUAUCUCAUGGAGUCCUUGGCGUUCGCGUUCAGCCGUGAGGCGGCCCAGGUCCCGCUGCUUCACAUAUCACAAACUGUCCCUGUCUCUGGUGAGGCGGAUGAUGCCGAGCAAGAGGAAGGGGCUGCCGCAACAAUGGGUGGGUCGCCGCUGCUGCCGUUCUUCGGUUCGACGCGACGCAGCAUUGCCUUUUCGAGUGGAGUCGUCGCUGGGGCAGGACACACAGCUGCUGCAGCCGCUCGAGGCUGCUCUCCACUCCCUGGGGAAGGGUCGGCGGCUGAAGGCGACACCGCCAGCCCACGACAUCGACGCAGCCUUAGUGAGGCACUCCUUACGGCGACGCACCGAGCGGCUUCUGUGGCGGCCGGGUCUUUCAACACACCUAACUCGGCGUCGUUGUCAUCCCGCCAGAGAGCCAUCAUCGACACCUGCAAUGGCUUGCCGGUCGCUUGCGCCUUCGGCUUUCUCUAUCGCAUCGCGCGCCAGCUCGACGUGCGGACCGCGGCCUACGUGUUGGAGCGGUACGUGCUGCGCAGCACCAAGCCAUUUCUUCUGCGGCACGGCACCGUGGCCGUCCGCGAGGCCGUUGCACGCGUCAUGAGCGCAUCCUUUGUGCCGGCGCCGCCCCCAAACGCCUCUGCUGCUAUUAACGCCGAGAGCAACGGUGAGGCUGUUGCAGCUGCGGCGACGGACUCUGAGGAGGCCUUUGUCCAGUUCCUCACGGGCAAGCUGGCACGCACCCUGCUGGGGCCCUUCCCGACUGCGGGCAACACUCACUGCGGCGCGGCGUCUACCCCGUUGUGUGACAGCCCCGACGACAGCGAGGCGAAGCACGAGACGCACAGCACGCUCCCUCUGCAGCUGAGCCUGCAGCGUGCGUACUGGCUUAUCGUCUUCCACGCUGUUGCAGACUACCCUUGCACCGCUGAUCAUGGAAUGGCUGCGUCUAGCGGCCCUGAUGGACCGCUCGCCGCAUGCGUACGGAACGCCGCGGUGACGUGCUUGUCGUGCACCAAUGCGGACCUCCUCACCAUCGGCGUGGGCCUCACAAUAGAGUACAGCAAGCGAUGGCUUCCUCGCGAUGUGCCGCCGAUUGACGCGGCUGUUGACGACGCAGUGGCGAGCGGGCGCGAUCUACUGUCCCACGUGUUGCCCUCACUCGACGCCGCAGCGGACCAGCUCGCGACACCGUGGUGGCGCACGCGGUCGGCGAACACGUGGGAGUGUCGGUUGAUGGUUCUGCGGCUGUGCAACGCUCUUCUCGCCCACCCGCUCUUCGCCGGUGCAGGGUCACCCAAGGCGAGCGCCGAAAGCUGCAGCGAUGGUGGCAAGGCGACCUCCUGCGACUGGCGCGCCACCAUCGACGCCGCCGCUGCGGAAUGCCUUUGGACGUUUGCCGAGGGUCCGUCGUGGCAGCUGCAGCUGGCACUGGGUGUGGCGGCCAAGUACAUCGACCAAACCUCAGCGCCCACCCUGACCGAUACGUGGCGCCAAUUGCUCUGCAGCAUUCCAGUAGCUUCAUUGCCGACGCAACUGCUACCGUACGACGAAGCGCCGGUGCGCCUGCGGCUGCUGCGCCCAUUGCGGUCAGCGGCAAGCGUCACGGAGGCAGCGGAGAGUGACAGGUCUAAGGGUGCGCAGCCCAGCGCUCGACCACAGCAGGUGCGGAUGUCGUCAUGCCAGAACAACCACGCCGCUCGCUUGCAUAGCGCCACCUCAGCCUUCGCCGGGGAGCCGGAGUCGUGGAUGUGGACUCCGGCGAGGGAGAACGGGGAUGGCUGGCGCAGUCCAGGCACCGGCACCGCCACUUCGGCCACCGCUGAGGCGGCGCUGCACUUUGUGUGGGGCCGCGUCCUGUCCGUCUAUGCGGUGAUGCCUCUCAACCAGACGUGGAAUGUGCAGGGUGUGGUGGAUGCGGUGCUACCGCCGCUGCCUGCCAACGGCGGUACCACCGCCGCGCCGUCACCUCCAGCAGCUCCGGCCAUGGCGCCAGGGUUUCAACUGCUCGUCAUGGCGGCUGCGUUGCUCAGCCCGCCCGCUACCGCAACAACGGCAGUGGCUGCCGCACCGUCGAUGGCCUCGCUGCAUAAGCUGUCGCUCAUGUCACCGGCCGAUGCGGAGCCGGUGGACGUCGGUGAGUUAAGUGGCGCCUUCUGGCUCGCGGCGCUCCGUCGUGCCUGGCCGCUGUUUCAGGCUUGCGGCGUGUCGCACGAGCCCAUGACUCAAGGAUCAAACACAAACAUCACCGAGGAGGCGGCCUCAUCACUGGGUGGUGUGGCCGUCGGCAUGGCCGGUUCUGGCGUGAAUCUGGAGGACUUGCGCACCAUCGUACUCUCUCUUUUCCUCCGCUUCGCGGACGACUCCGCCGUCGCCUCGGCGAUGGCCGCAGCGGACGGAGACGGGGCGAAGCUGUGUGGGAGUGCCAUUCGCUGGGCGGAGGCGAUGUGCAGCGACGCGCCGGCUACUUAUGCGCAAUAA